CCUGUGCAGUGCUACUACAACGCCUUUCACAUUUCCUAGGACUACCUAGUAUGUGUGUCCUCGAAAAUGAAUCUCAGCCAUCCUGGGAAAGUAUAUCACACACGACACUUGGAGAAUCCGCUCCCAAUGCCAGCUCUUCUCCAUCACGGAAGCUGGUAUUCCCUCUUGUUAACCAUAGAUGUCCCUCCCGGCUUAUCCAAUCAUCAUAUCUGCCGUUCCCUCAAAAGGUUGCAUAAUGC